CCGUUUUCCCUUAUUGUCAGGCAAAUUCUCAAAUCCACCGCCUCCCACCAUCGCCGCCGUCGUCCGCCGCUCCCAUUUCAGCAUUCAGAGCUACUUUUUCAGCAGCCAGUUUAUCAGCCCAAAUUUGGGAGGAGCAAUGUUGAUUGGUUCAAUUCGUGGCUCCAAACCUAGAAAAUUUUCGACCUCACUCUCCCCUCUCCAGUCUCUAAGCUCCCGUGAACCUACGACCAACCCACUUUACAAUUUUUUACCCCAGUCUAACAAUCCAAACAACGUUGUCGCCCUCGUUUGCUCUUCCCUCAAGCAAAAGGAUCACGCCUCAUUGGAUUAUCUCAAAGAGCAGGGUUUGUUUAGCCGCUUCACCAGCCUUGAAUUAUCAAGAAUCUUGCUGAGAUGCCAGUCCGAUUCAUCAGCAGCCCUCAGUUUCUUCAAUUGGGUGAGAAAUCGUUUGUGUCUCCUACCGAAUGCGCAUACUUACUGUAUUAUGAUCCACAUUUUGGUUUGGUCUAAGAAUUUUAAGCAAGCUAUGAAAAUCCUGUCAGAAUUGGUGCAGUUGAAUGCAAAUGUCAGCGAUUGUGAAAGACUCAAUGUGUAUGAGAGCUUGCUUUCGAGUGCGAAUGACUGUAAUUGGGAUCCCGUUGUGUUUGAUAUGCUCAUCAAGGCUUAUAUCAGAAACGAUAUGGUCACAGACGGUUUUGAAGCUUUCAAGAAAAUGGCGAAGCUCGGGUUUGUUCCGAGUAUUGUUGCUUCUAAUUGUCUUCUGAAUGGGUUGUCGAAGAUGGAUUGCUUGGGGAAAUGCUGGGAAGUUUACCAAGAGAUGUUGAGAAUUGAGUUACGUCCUAAUGCUUUCACAGUUAACAUAUUGACUCACAUCUUGUGCAAGGAGGGUGAUAUGGAUAAGGUAAAUGAAUUCUUGGAGAGGAUGGAGGAAGAGGGAUUUGACCUAGAUACCAUAACAUAUAACAUGCUAAUUGAUGGGUAUUGCAAGAAUAGGAGAUUGAAGGAUGCUGUUUAUUUGUAUAAUAUCAUGUGUAUAAGAGGCAUGGUUCCUGAUUUGAUCACAUAUACAACUUUGAUUAAUGGUCUCUGUAAGGGCGGUAGUGUGAGAGAGGCUCAUCGGUUUUUCAGUCUGAUGGUUCAUCGAGGGUUGACGCCUGAUGCUGUUUCAUACAACACUAUAAUAUAUGGAUACUGCAAAGAAGGGAUGAUGCAAGAGGCAAGAUCGAUGUUGUUUGACAUGAUUAGAAACAAGGUUAGCCCUGAUGACUUCACUUGUUGGUUGCUCAUUAAAGGUUAUCAAAAUCUGGAUAGGAUGAUAUCUGCACUGAAUCUAGUUGUUGAGCUUGCGCGUUAUGGCAUCAUGGUCUCACCAAAGAUAUAUUGUUAUUUGAUACUUGCUUUAUGUAAGGAUGACAGGCCAUUUGCAGCAAAGUCUAUGUUAGACCAGAUGUCUCAAAAUGGUUAUGUGCCGAAUGCCGAAGUGUAUAAUGAGUUAAUUGAUUCUCUUUCUAGAGGCAAAUUUGUCAAGGAAGCACUAGAGUUGAAAUUUGAGAUGGUGUCAACAGGCUUGAAACCUAAAUUGAGUGCAUAUAGAGCUAUUAUUGGAGGCUUGUGUGAAUUAAGCAGAAGCAUGGAGGCUCUCUCCUUGAUGCAGGAGAUGAUUGAAUCUGGUUUGCCUCUGGAUAUCCAAAUAUGCAGAUCUUUGGUGAAUGGGUUGUGCAAAGAGAAAAAUAUUUUUGAAGUCGAAUCACUAUUGAGUUUCUAUGCCAAGGAGUUUCAAAUCUUUGAUGCGGAGUGUUAUAAUGCAAUAGUCAGGGUACUCUCUGAUGUAGGUGACCCCUCUGAGUUAAUCAAAUUCCAAGAUAGGAUGGCAAAACUAGGGUAUGCACCAAACAGCCUAACAUGCAAGUAUGUAAUAGAUGGCAUGUGGAAAGCAAUGAAAGCACAGAGGCGUGAGCUACUGGUGGAAUGAUGUUGCAUCUCUUCUUGAACCUCUAUUUCCAUCUCCAAAUUCAAUCUCAAAUUCAUUUACCUCCAAGUAUGAGAAUCACAUGGUGGUAAAAUGACCUUUUCUCUGGUUGGAAUGACAUUACAACCUCCCAUGAAGUUAAAUGAAAAUGUAGUUUGGACUUGGGUAGGCAGUCUGUCACUCUCGCUUGGUACGGGAAACAAUCCCCAAACUGAAGACAGACCCUCACUCACAAACUACUCUCUGAAAUUUGCAGAAGCUUGAGGUCUACUGUGUAGUGAAGUGCCAAUGGAGCAUAAUCCAGUUUUAGUGAAGUGACUAUAGUUAGUGGUUCUCUCCUUGAGAAGUUAAUAUGUUUAGCUUCUUGAGCUAGUUACUUCUGAUCAUCACACGUUGUAUGACCUCUUUAGUUGUAUUUGUUUUAAUCUAGGUGACCACUUUGACAAUCCUGUUGGAGCAUAAUUGCUGCCUACCAUCAUUUAAUCUAAUUCUCUUAAAAUUCUUUCAUAAUUGUCAGAAGACAUGGUUGGUAAAUUUCCUUGUAAGAAGUAAUGGAAGUUGUAGAAGUUUAACCGAUGAAUGACGUAGAAGUAAAAGGCAUGGAAGUUGAGUAACAUGUUGGAUUUCGUUCAUGCUUUGCUGGCAAUCAUGCAUUUUCAGUUUCGGCUUUGUCAUAUUCUCUAUUGGAUUAGAAGAACUAGACCAAAAUCAUAACUGCAAGAGAUGGUAUUAAGAGGUCCCACAUGGUUACACAAACCACAGUGACCACAGAUAAACAUUACAGAUACAUGAGCAAGCCAUUCAUGGACUGUCAUAUAAGUUUUUUAUACAUCCAGAUUCAGGUGCUGCUUCCAUCUAUUGAUUACAUAAUAAAUUUUCUUCAUUUGGUUUCAAGCAAGCCCCUAAUGGUUGGAUUUUCAGCGUUCAUGGCCAUGGCAACCUGAAGUGGGGUCGAAGGAAAGGAAGGGAGAUUGGUGGUAUCUGGCUUGGUGACGUUAUUCCAUCCCUUUGCGAGGAUUGAGCUUGCGCAACCAUCCAAACCUAUGUGAGUCACAUGCUUCACAUCCGUCGGUAAUCCAAUUUCCAUUCCCAUUUCUGUGUCUUCUAACUCGUCUUUGUAUACUAAACAGUAUUAGGGGUUGUUAAUAGGAUUACAGCAUACAAUGAACAUACAUGUAGAGAACAAUGGAAACUUUAACGAUGCAUAACAAACCAAUUGUGUUCAUAUGCAUCACUUACCGAAUGAUUGAGAGAAGUUCUUGAAAUUCUUGAACAGCUUCUGGAAUCUUGGAAUCGCCAAUAGGCUUGAAGGGCUCUUAAAGUUUUCACCAGAUAAGCUCUCUUCAUCUUCCUCGUAUUCCUCCUCCUCUUCGUCCUUCUCUCCUUCAUGGUCAGAACAAGAGGUAAGCAUUCAAUAUAAGGUAAACACAUACAGUAUAGGAAGAUGGUGGAUUUAAUGUUGGUCUGUGAAAGAGAGUAUUACUUGUGGGAGUUGAACCCAUGUCCAUCUUUGAUCUCUUAGCUUGCUGCAGCCCAACCGCAAUGCUCGAUUCAGAGAUGCAUCCUGCAGUGAAAGGAAACAGCACAAAUCUUUCCAUUCGAUCCCUCAUGUUACUGUUCUGAGAGAGAGAGAGAGAGAGAGAGAGAGAGAGAGAGAGAGAGAGAGAGAGAGAGAGAGAGAGAGAGAGAGGAUGAUUGACAAGUUAUGAAGUGGUUUGGGAGAAUGGGGUUGUUAUAAUAUAUGCCACCUUACUUGCUGUGUUUAAAAGUAAGGACUAGAAUACUUAUAUUAUAUGAAUGUCCACUUAGAUUUGAUGUGAGAGAGAGGGGCAGGGAGAUCCAAUGCUAAAGGUUUUGUUAAAUAACACUGUAUCUACUAGUCUAUUCUUGGAUUGGAGGU